AAACACAACUGCAUCAUCAUAUAUCAUCAAUCUUGUUCCUUAUUUAAAAAAUCAGAUAUCUUUAUACUUUCAGCAAAAAUAGAAAAAAUCCAAAACAACAAACAAACUUCUAUAUAACUUCCAACCCCCAACAACAUUUCAACAUCUCAAGAUAAAAAUUCAAGGAAAGAAAGAAAAAAAAAAUGGAUCCAUCAACAACAUCAAUUCCAAAGAAAGAGAUUUUAGAUGCACCACUUCAUGAAAUUGGCUUCGAAAUUUCAGAGAUCUCCCCUCAGAAAAUCUCCGGCCACUUUCUAGUGACCGAAAAAUGCUGCAACCCUUUUGAGGUGUUGCAUGGCGGAGUCUCGGCUUUAAUAGCCGAGUCUCUAGCCAGUAUGGGCGCCCAUGUGGCGUCCAACUUUCAAAGGGUGGCUGGGGUCCACCUCAGCAUCCACCACCUCAAGAGUGCAAAUCUUGGUGAAAUUGUUUAUGCUGAGGCAAAACCACUCAAUGUUGGGAAAUCUAUUCAUGUUUGGGAAGUGAAUUUGUGGAAGAGUGAAAAUUCUUCAAAUUUGGGGAAUACUAGAAUUUUGAUUUCAACAUCAAGAGUUAAUGUCAAGACUAAUAUGGUUGUACCAGAAAAAGUCAAAGAUGCUGCUGUGAAUCUCAAGAAAUAUGCCAAGUUAUGAGUAGGCCUGGGCGUCGAGUCGAGUUCAAUCGAGCUCUGUAUAGAGUUCGAGUUGAGUCGAGUCAAGUCCAAUCGAGCUUCUAACGAAAUUCGAGUCGAUUAGGCUUUUGUUCGUGAAUUCAGUAGAACUUUUAGGGCUCAUUUGGUUACUGGAAUUAUGAAAACUAUCAUGGUUAAAAUAUUAUUUUAUAUUUCGUUUGGUUGUAUUUUUAAUUUCGGUAUAAGUAUUACCCCUAAAAUUUUAUACCGGAAUCUUGAUAUGCUUUUAUGUGAUCUCCAAAUUUAGAAUCCUUCUAUGGUGCGUUUUAUUUACUCUUUUUUUUUUUUUUUUUUUUUUUUUUUACCGGGUCACUGGUCAGCAAAGUCUGAACUAACGUGGAGAAGAAAAUGCGAAGCACUUUAGCCUAACGGGAAUUAGCAAUGACGAAAUAAGAAGAUGAGGUGCCUCCGAUACCCCCUUUUAGAAAGAAGGGUCUAAGGAUUUGGGUUUAUAGCUUUUCUUGUCCCCCCUUCGCUAGGCGGUGCUUAUCUGGGUGUGCUUGCUUAUUCUUGCUCUACACAACUUCUUCUCUC